AUGCGUGGCCUUUUCACCCUCGCCAUGGCCACCGUGGUCUCCUUGAUCACCCCCUCGCUCGCUGCUCCGAUCGUCGUUAACCCGGGAGGCACAGGGAGCCUGCAGAUUUCGGAACUCAACACUGUUAAUGGCACAAGUUUUCCCAUCAAUGCAGUGAAAGCGGACAACCCCUUGCGGAUAUCGGUGGUCAACAACUUCGGAGGUACUUCCAUGCACGCCUGGGUAACCGGCCAGGACACGAACGGGGUUGUUGUGAUGCUGUCGACUGACGGCACCUGGUACUACCCGAACCCCCUGGGAAGCACCACCCCCAUCAUCAUAAACGCGACAGUUGCACACCCUCUCGGCGGCCUGGGCGAGACCACCGAGUUCACACUGCCGGACUUCCUCAUAUCCGGCCGCAUCUGGAUCGCCGAUGGAGAGCUUACCUUCUUCACCGUGUCUUCGGCCGACGGGAACCCUCAGCUCGUGGAACCAUCGGCCGCGAAUCCGCGAGACCCUUCGGCGAACAUCAACUGGGGCUUCGUCGAGCUGACCAACACAUCCGAGGGCGGUAUCUACGCCAACAUCUCCUUCGUGGAUUUCGUCGGCCUCGUCAUGGGCAUGACCCUCACUCUCAACAGCGGCGAGGUCCAGAAGGUCCAGGGUCUAGGCGCUGGUGCUAUCGCCGACAUCUGCAACGGCCUAAAGGCACAAUCUGCGAUUGACGGCGCCGAAUGGGGACACAUGUGCGUGAUGAGCGAAGACGGCACCACGCCGCUCCGCGUCAUGGCUCCUAACCUAUACCUCUCUAACAACCCCACGGCUAUGUACGACUACUACACCGACUACACGGAGCAGGUGUGGGCCAAGUACACCAACGAGGACCUAACGAUCCAGACGCAGGUCGGCGCGGGCAACGUCACCUGCCGCGUCUCCAGCACCGAGCUCACGUGCGACGGCGACAACCGCGGCUACCCCAAGCCGACCACGGCCGACAUCUGGGGCUGCAACUCCGGGCCCUUCGCCAUCCUGGAGGGCGACAACGACAUCCACAGCGCCAUCGUCCCGCGGCUGUGCGCCGCCUUCACCCGCACCACCCUGCUCGUUGAUGGCGGCGACGUCCAGCCGUCACUGAGCAGCGACAGCUACUACCAGCAGAGCCCGACGAACCACUACAGCCGCCUCGUGCACGAGUACGAGACCGACGGCCGGGGCUACGCGUUCUCGUACGACGACGUCAACCCGAGCUCCGAGAACGAGGCCGGUGUUGUGGCCGGCGCGAACCCGCAGGUUCUGCAGCUUACCGUUGGCGGGUUUUCCUCGUCUUAA